UAUUUUAUACAUAUGUAAACAAGACUUGAACAGCUGUUGAUAUCUCGUCCGGUCGAGCGCCCCGCGAGGUCUUUAACACCAUCUAUUAUUCGUUUGUGUGUUAAUGGUUUUUAAUGAAUUUGCUACACACAUCGACGAUUGAGGAUAAAUGGCAUAGACAUGGCGUGGGCUUGAAUUGGACCGGUACGUGUAUGUGCUGUCUGUUUACUUGUGGAGAUCUACAGGAAAACGUGUACGUCUGUAGGUGUGUACAGUUUGUACUCGAGUGAAGCCGACACAUAUUGCUACAUGUAUGUACAAUCGAACGAUAUACCUACAAUUAAUCAUUAUUGUAUGUAUAUAUAGAUAAGUAUACAGUUGUAGAUCAAAACCGGAUGCACAGGCAUGAUGUAGUAGGUCGUCAAUAAUCAUAUAUGUCAUUAAUCAUAUCAUAAUUAAUGACAUAAUUAUCUCAAUAUUUGCUGUAUAAUUGCAUGGAUAGUGUGCUGAAUGGAUUUAAAUUCGUUUGGAACGAAUCGAGACGAACUCAUAAAGUUGGGAUCUGACAUCGCUAGUGUUUACAUCCUCACAGACACUGUACACACAAACUUGUAGAAUUCCAAACGUUCGGCCAUGUUUUAUGCGUUGGCAGCGGUAUGUUUAGUUUUACUUGUGAUAUAUCUUUCCCGGAGAAGAUUACAUCACAAAAAUCUUCCACCGGGUCCAACUCCACUGCCUCUUAUUGGAAACCUUACUUGUAUGAAGAGAAACAAUGUGUUUUUGACGUUCAGGGAACUUCGAGCUAAAUACGGCGAUGUCUUUACAUUGCAUAUCGGAAAUACUGUUACCAUUGUGUUCAACGGAUACUCAACUUUGCGUGAGGCCUUCGUCCAGCACGGGGAUAGCUUCUCUGACCGACCAGAUAUCUUCAUAUUCAAGGACAUCUCAAAACAUCACGGCAUUGCUGGAAGUUCCGGUGAAUUAUGGAAGGAACACCGAACGUUUGCAUUGGCGACACUCCGAGAGUUCGGGUUCGGAAAGAGGAGUCUGGAAUCGAAGAUAAUGGAGGAAAUUGAAGCAUAUCUUCCUUGUCUUGAAGAGAAGAAGGGAGAACCGUUCAAUAUACACGCGCUUACCCAGACGAGCGUGUCCAAUAUAAUUUGUUCGAUUGUCUUCGGUCAGAGAUUCGACUACAAAGACGAACGAUUUACAAAACUCAUGGAGAUGUUUGAUGCUAAUUUCAAGCUGAUGAACCCGAUAAUGAACUUCUUUCCGUUUCUUCAACAUAUUCCAGGCGACCCUUUUAAGGGAAAGCAGGUUUUGCGGAACGCUGAAGCGGUAUAUGCUUUUAUCUGGGAACUUGUCCAGGAACACGACGGGAGUUUAGACGAUACUUGUAUCCGGGACUAUGUAGACGCCUACCUCAAAGAGAAGAAAGAACGACAGGCCGAUAAGUGUAAUACAUUCACAGAUGUCCAGAUGCUGCGAUCGAUAGGAGACUUAUUUUCCGCGGGAACAGAAACUACUACAACAGCCAUUCGAUGGGCUAUUCUUUUCUUAUUGUAUCACCCAGACGUUAAGGAACGAAUGGUAGAAGAAAUACACGAUGUCGUCGGUACCUCUCGGUUUCCGACUCUUAAUGACAAGGAGAACAUGCCAUAUUCUGAGGCAGUGAUAACAGAGGUGAUCCGAAAGGCGAAUGUUGCUCCGUUGAGCGUUCCUCAUAGCUGUAAUACGGAUGUAGAAUUCAGAGGAUAUACUAUUCCGAAAGGAGCCGUUCUAUUGCUAAAUAUAGAUUCGGUCUUAUUUGACCCAGAGGAAUUUCCCGAUCCAGACAAAUUUGAUCCUACUCGAUUUCUUAAUAAAAAUGAAAAAUCCUGCAGACAUGAGGUUUUUGCUGCAUUUUCAAUUGGUCGCCGCGCAUGCCUGGGGGAGACACUGGCGCGUAUGGAGCUGUUUCUGUAUCUGACCACGAUCCUGCAGAGGUUUGACCUAGUGCCGGAACACGCUGACUGUUUGCCGUCACUAGAGGGCGUCCUGGGAGUCACUCAUACACCUCGCCCGUACAACGUCCGCCUGGUGUCGCGUCAGUAACUUUUUGUCACGGAAUCCCCAAAAUGGUUAGAAGGAGAGUUCUACAGUUGUACCACUCUGUAGUUAACUAUACUGACCAAACGUACCAUUGUCUUCAUAAAAAUCAUAUAGGAUUUGAAAUCCAUUUUUUCAUGUAUAUGUUUUUAUAACUUACUACAAAUUGCAUGUACAAAUAUCAUAAAAUGAUCAGCUCCGGUAA